UCGAGUAGCUAUCGGAUAAAUAAAGAAAUUGCAAUGAAUGGAAAACAUGGUCUCAACAAGUUAGAGUCAUCGGGAUUAGCUUUUGAAAAUGUACCGCUAAAUUUGGGACGUUGGGACAAUCAGCGUGUAUAUAAAUUGUUUGAUUUUGCACUGAUCGGUGACACCUAUGAAGAGUCAUCGCUCAGCGGUUUAGUAUGUUUGGCCACACAGACAUCUGUCGAGCGAUUACUGUCGGUGGCAGAGGUGGCCAGAAAAUGGCUAGGUCCGAUAUCUGUUGCUGUCUUUGUAUCAGGUAGCGAUGAAUUCACAAUAUUGAAACACUAUAUUACCUAUCUGAGGUUGUGUUUCGACUUUGUACGCACAAAUGUUACAUUUCAUUUGGCCUUUCCUCACGACCGGAAGCCCAAGCACGAGACGGCCAACUCAUACAAGCUGUUGCAAAUGUUCGAUUGCCGGAAUCCGCAAAAGACCCUGCACAGCAUGUUGCAAAUGAGAACAAGCGAAACAAUACGCUGGCGUUCACGAAAUCUGUAUCCACAAAAUCAUUUGCGCAACUUUGCACGCAAAGGCUGCCAAACGAAAUAUGUAUUUCUCACAGAUGUCGACAUAGUACCAAGCAAUAAUAUUGUGCCAUUGCUAAAUGAUUUUCUAGCAACGGCCAGAUGUUCGACGGGUCUGUGUGCUUACGUCAUACCUACACUAGAAAUUGAUGAUCGCGUGCGAUUUCCAUCCAGCAAAACCGAACUACUGCGGCUGGUGAAAAGAGGAUUGGCAAGGCCUUUCCAUGAAAAAGUUUUCAUCUACAAUCAAUAUGCUACAAACUUUUCAAGUUGGCUUGCCAACAGUCACACAGAUGACCAACUGAUCGCCAUUAGUCACCAAGUGACAAAUUAUGAAUUUUUUUAUGAACCUUUCUAUGUGGCUUUGGACAAUGUGCCCCCGCACGAUGAGCGUUUCGUUGGCUAUGGUUUUACAAGAAAUUCACAGGUCUACGAGAUGUAUGUUUCUGGUUACUCAUUUUAUGUCUUAACUCCUGUAUUCACCUGUCAUUGGGGUUUGCAAAAGAAAAACGCUCGUCCGUCGUGGCGUGAACAGCAAAAUACAUUCAACAGCAAACGCUUUGAGAUAUUCAAAAAAGAAAUAUUUGCACGUUACAAAAAACCAUUACAUUCAUUCGAUCAGAAGAAACAUGGAUGAUAUUGAUUGAUAUUAUUGUAAUAAAAUUA